CCAACAACAACACAAUCAACCUGUUUUUGUUUUAUCGCAAAGGAGGGCGGGUUAUAGGCAUCGAUCAGUCAAACAACGGACCUCAACACUGACCCUCAACCCCCCGGCUCAGUGACUCUAACGCGUCUAAGUACGCGCCUCUAUUGUACACAAAAUGGUUCCACAAGCGCCCAUAGCCAGUCGGCUCAAGCCUUCGAUCUCAGCUAAGCGGAAGCGCGACAUCGAAGACAUCGUGGAGGUUCAAGAUUUUAAUGAAGCAAAUGAUUCCCCCAUUCGUCUUAAGAAGGCGGCCAGGACCGCUAGCUCCGCCAAAUCUAAAAACAAAGCUCUGAGCGCCAAUCAGACGCGAAGAGGAUUUACAUCGAUACUCUGAAGGCAAUCGAUAAGGGCAUCGAUAAGCUAGACAAAAGAGUCAAGGUUAUGAGCGGUAACAGUACGGCGAUCACAAGCUCAAGCUAUGCCUCCUCUGUCCAAAAGCACAUGGCUGCCGUCCAUACUCUCCUCGCCACAGAUGGCACGCUGGCUUUCAACUUGCUGCUGAGUAUGGCCGACGCAUCACACACCGAUCUCGACGCCACGUGUAAGAUGUGCGGCACCGCUGAUGACAGCAGCAUUCCGACUUUUAAGCUGCUGGAUGAGGAGCUUUUACCACUGAUACAAAUGCGGGAGAGACCCGCUUGUCAAAAACCCGGGCUGUCCGAAGUACCGAUGCGGUGGACGCUCAAGGAUGCGGACGUGGGCGUGUUCAAGACUGGACGGCCAAACAAACAACAAUGGAGUCAAAUGUACCGCCAAAAGCUAGCAUGGGAGAAGAAUAGGCGACAGGCUAGAAGGGAGCGCAGAGAGAAGACAGAGGACUGGGUCAGGGUUGCGUUGAUUGAUUUGGUUGAGGAGAGAGACUAUCUAAGUGCGUAUGGCGUGAAGGGAUAUCUGCCGAAGAGCAUCGCGAAGUUGGAGGAGCAGGUGAAGGAAGCCCGGGCGGUCUGAUUUCGGGUUGAGAUAACGAUCACCGAUUCAAUUCGUAUCGUCUAGAAGAAAGACUAAAAAUUAGAGGAUAGAAGGGUCGCGUGAGGUUAGGUCCCUGCUAACCACGCCAGACGCCGCCCCUUCUUGUACGCCGUCUUCGUCUCUUCCAACACCCAGUCUCCCCACUUCUUGGCUUCAUCCCGUUGAAGCAAAGUAACUGUCAGCCCUGGCCUUUCUUUGGUCAAAGAGCGCAUAGCCUUCAUGAAUGGCUUGUUAUCUUCCUCUUCACCAAGAAUCAGCUUCUUCAACUUGGGAAC